CGCACACAGACAGACACGUGCUGCAGGGGAGAUCUGAGUGUUGGGUCGCUGAGCAUUUAGAUCCCCCUUCGCCUCCUCCUCCUCCUCCUCCUUCUUCUUCUUCUUCUUUCUCCCUUUCACUCUCUCACUCCCUCUCCCUGUUCACCUUGUCUGUUCCAGCUGUAUGGUUUAUUGUUGCGUCAGAGCCAAAGAGAACCAGCGAGAAGCAUGCCGGGGGAGAGCACUCACAGAUCUGUCUCUGCCAACAAACAUCCAGAACAGGGAGCUGAGGAGACAGGGCUCCCUGGACCAGACAUGACAAGACAUCCAUCUACUGACUCCAGCCCUAGUGACAGUGGCUCUUCCCCUGGUGACAGUGGUUCUAGCCCCUCUCCUAGUACUCCUCAGAAGCUACUUCCAGCAUGCACGUCUCCAUUCGGACCACGAAUAUUUCCUGCAACACCAAGCUCCUCUGGUACCCCAAGACCUCAACCUGAAGGCUCGGACCAUCGCAACAAUAACACGCCCAGAUUGUCUGGAAAGUUAGGUGGACAUGGACCAUGUGGCCGCCAUGUCCCUGUUAAGAUGGAGAGAAUCAAGGUCCUGACUGGUUCUGAGGUGGAGAGUGACUAUCAGGAGCCACAGACUAUUGACACAAGGGUGGUGAUGGGUCAGGAAACACUGCUCAAAACAACAGAAGUACAGAAGGGGAAAAUCUUGGAGCCAAGUGGUCAGGUUAAGCCUUUGCUAGCUGUUCCAAGCUUUUCAGAUCCUCAGUCACAAGCAAAAGAGUCCCAACUGGAAACCAACAAAGAGAAAAGCCAAGUACAAAGCCCUCUAAAACAGCAGGAUAUGCAAAUAGACCCCGUGCAGUGCCCAACCAUGCUCUCUACCCCUUUUCAGAACCCUCUAUGCCCCUCCUCCUCUUCCUCCCCAGAGCCAGUCACAACAGUUGAUACUUUGAUAGACAACCAGACAGAGGGUCAAACCCUUUCUCAAGACGAAGUGCCUUCAGUCUCUUUUUCUGAGCUUGCUUGCCCAGUUGCUUUGUCCUUCUCUGAGCCUGCCUAUGCUGUGGACCCACUACGAGUGGGUGUGCCGUCAUCACUUGACCCUGACUUGUAUUAUACUGCCCCUUCCACCCCAAUCAAGAUGGCUUCCUGCUCUUCGCACCUUAAACAUCAUUCAUAUCCUGGUUCUCCAGCAUGCCCACUCUCACCUGGCUCUCCCUCAGACAGUGAGGAUCUCUGUUCCCCUCUCACCUCUCCCUCUGGCUCUUAUAUCACAGCAGAGGGAGGCAGCUGGACCUCCUCUUACACGUCUUCCACGUCCCCCUCCACUUCUCCCAACUUGCUUCUCACAGAAGAAGCACAAGAGGCCCCUGCUUGCUUUGUGGGUUCUUUGUCAGAGAUAGGAGAUGAAGUUGGAGAGGAAAAGGGACGAGCAGGUCCAGAGCGGGAGGAGGAAAAGGCUGGGGAAUUCUGCUUGUACCGUCCUGAUGAUUUUGCCAUGACUUCAAGAAUAGGUAUAACAGGGACAGUGAUCCUCGAGGAGGAUGAAGCUCUAAAAGGGGAAGAGAUCAAGAUUUCUCGAGAAAGUUGUCGUCCUUGCUGGGUGACUGAAGAUACAUCCCCUCUGAGGAGUAGUAGCAGUCGUAGCAGUGACUCACAGGAGGAUGGUGGAGAGUCUGAAAGCUCACUCUGCCCACUAGAAGAGGCUGAUGGAGGGAGAGUGGAGUACUGUAGACCUAUGCAGACAGGCCUGAAACUACAACUGGAGGCUUGUAUAUCACAGGAAAAUUAUGGACAGAUGGAUGACCAUUCAGAACAACCCUCCACUGCCUUGACUCCUGAUACAGAAAACAUGACCAUAGCCUCAUCUAGUCUUAGCCCUGAUUCACCUGUCAUCCCCCUGGAUGCUUUCUGUCCUGGAGCCUUUGGUAGGCUUGGCCCUAGUUCCUUCAUGCUCUCCCAGGCAGCCUGUGCUGAUGAUAUUCCAGAGGAAGAAAGGAUGAUCCCUGCCUCCCUCAUCUCCUUUCCCCUCCACACCAGCCUUAUCUUUAAGGCUGACUCAAUGGAAAUCACCCUCUUUCCCACAGAGGAAGAGACUGAAAUAGGAGAAGUUAAUGACAGAAAUGAAGGAGAAGAUGUCAAUGCAUAUGCAGCAGGAGAGGAGGAGGCAGAUGUUGAAGAUGAUGAUGAUGAUGAUGAUUAUGAUUUCGAUCAUGAUGCCGCUGAAGGUAAUGCUAAUGGUCCUGCUGACAGUGAUGAUGAUGAUGAUGAUGAUGAAAAUAAUGAAGGUGAAGACAGUGAUGACCAUGAUGAGGUAGAUGAGGACGCUAAGGUAGAAGUGAAAGUGGUGGAAGAAGAGGAAGAUGACGAGCCGGAAGAGGAUGAGGAGGAGUGUGAUAGUAAAGCAGUGGAGGAUCCUACAGACGAGGACAGCUCAGCAUCUUUCCUUCAUUCACUUUCAGAGACAUCUAUCAAUGAGGGACUGGAUGAAUCCUUCUGUUUCCAAGACGAUACAGAUGACUCAUUAGAUUCUGCCUCCUAUAAUGGAGAUGAAGAUGAAUGUCUAUACAGCACUGAAAGGCACGCACAAUCACUUGAACCCACACCAGUGGAUACACUUGAUCCAACCGAAACUCGACCAGAACCUGAAGAACAGUCUACCAUUGGAACAGGUCAAACUGAACCCUUGCACCCACAACUAAGCACAGACAAACCAGUAGAUCACCUCAAAACCUCUUGUCUUUCUGAAGCCAUCGCUGCCAACUCCAAAGACAACAAUGUAGAACCCAAACCUGUUGAUGAACCUGAACUCCCAGAACCACAGUUAGAUCCUGAACUGGAAGCUACUACUGAAGUAGAUCAGGCAAAACCAUUACAUACGCAAGUGAGCACAGACAAACCAGUAGAUCCCCAGAAACCAUCCAGUUGUUCAGAGACAAUUUCUUGUCAACAAUCCUCCAGCAACCUGGAUGAAGGUGGGAGUGAGAGUCAAAUAGAUAUUGCUUGUUCUUCCACCCCCCUUGAGCAGUCAAAAGACAAUCCUAAUUUUAACCCUUCUGUCACUCCUGAUGUCACUCAUGAUCCACCUGACCCUACUGAGUUCCACGUCUCCCCUCUUUCUGCCACUUCCGCACAGGAGACCACAGAUCUUAACGCUUCAGGUCUUUCUAAAACAUUGGCUGAGGAAAAUCCAAAUAUGACAGAUACUGAUUUUAAACAGAGCAAUGAUUAUUCAGAGGAGGAAACCACAGAAGAACAAGAACGAGACUCUUUCAAAUUGCUCAUAAAGCCUCGCCAUUAUCAGUCAGAAAGCCACAGGACCGUAGGAGCAAGUAGACUUGCAUUAUCAAAGUCAUUCAAAAAAUCUAAUAUGCCUGAAGGGGCAGAGGCCCUAUGCAGGUCCAAUAUUCAAAGGGAUUCUGACACUGAGUUUGACCCACCAUGUGGGAAUGCCCCCACUGAGUCUGUGAGGGUGGAAAAUAGAGGCAUUGAUUCUGGUCCCUCCCUGAAUAUGGCCACUGCCACCAAUGAUUUAAAUAAAGGUGUUCCUCUUCUCUCCUGUCCCAAAGACCCUAAUCCCAACCCCAGUAAUAUCCCUGUUUCUGCAUCUCCGGAGAUCAUGUCAGAACUUGCAAACAAUCUGGCCCUAACCCCUGAACACUGCCCCGGAGACUCUGCCCAGGAAAACCUGAGGGAAAACACCCUUAGUACUGAUGAGGGGGUGUUGGGAGCUGUUGGAUCACCACACUCCCCCCUAGCUAUCUCACCAAAAAGGGAAAACUCAGAAACAGACAUGAGCAGAGAGAUGGACCCUGGAGCUGGAGCAUGGUGUGAUGACAGGGUGGGGCAGGGGUUCAGUCCAGGAUUAGGAUCAGGGGCUGAGUUUGGUGUCUGGGGAACAGGGGAGACUCUCUCUCUGUCUCUGGGGAAGAAGUAUGAGUUAGAGGCAGAGAGUCUACUCAUGUGUGAUGCAGAAGGCCAAAGCACACAGACGGCCAUGGUUCCCACAAUGAGCAGCGAAGUGUGCAAAAAUUACGACAAUGUUCUGGGUUCAGUUCUGGAUGAGGAAGAUAACAACAGUCUCUGUGGACAGAGGGAGCCGAUGAUAGAAGGAAAACUGGUAGGAGAGGGAACUUCUGAGUCCAACUUGGUUCGGUGGAAAUCCAUUGAGGAGAUCUCAGAAGCAGGGGGAGGAGAGGAAGGAAGCUCAAGAUUCCCAGAAGAUGAUGUCAGUAAUCUAAAUCCAGACAAUGACAGAGAUAACACAGACACACAAAUGCAUGAGACUUGGGGGAAUACCAACAAUAACAAUGACUUUGCCUUCGACUCCCUGGAAGUAGCCAUGUGUGGAAAUCUGAAUGCUCUAUCAGAGGAAGUGAGACCCCAGAGUGUGAAUGUUAACAUUAGAGAGUCUGUGUCUAAUAUUCCACUUGAGGAAAUACCACCUCAGGUUUCUGAUGCAAUACCUGAUGAGGGCAGAAAACCAUCAGACAGCGCCAUGAAGCAAACAUCAGACACAUCACAGAUCCUAUCCUCAAAAGAGGGUAGCUGUAGCAGCUUUGUGCCAUCAUCUGAAAUCCAUGUGGACAAAACUGUAACAAAUCAACAUCUCAGUUCACCAGAUAACAUCAAGUCAAUAUGUCAUAACAGUCCAGAGUGCCAGAUAAUCACUCCAGAGAGUCACACAGCCUUUUCAUUGCUACAAGGCUCAUUUGGUUCCUUCACUCCUAAACCUAAAUCAAAUGAAUCCAAACAAAGCAGACCUUGUCAAGACGAGAGAGAAAAUACUGGUUCUCAGUCAGAACCGAAGUUGGUGGAGCCUGAGACUAAAGGCCAAAGAAGAGAUGAUGUCAGUCCUGCGGCUGACAGUCUUUUUGAUGAACCAAAGACUAAAGAUGAAUUUAAAGGACAGCAGUGUGUUGUUCGUAACUCAGGGGAAGAAGAUGAGGAGGAAAAUGCAACAGAGGAUACAAAAGAAAGAGGUGAAGAGAAAGAGAGCAAAAAGGAAAGAAAAACUUCUGCACAGAAUGGCACCGAGCACUUUGAGUGUUGCACCCCUGAGGGAGCACUUUGCACAGAUAAACCAGUUGUUUCUAAGAAAGGGAGGAGAGGGAAGCAGAACAAACACAGGGCAUCCCAGACAGGCAGUCAUUUUGACUCCAGCCCUGAAUCUGUUGAUGAUCCAAAGAAACCUUCUGUUUCAUUAUAUACGACAGCAGAUGGAUGGUCAAAGGAGACUGCAGACAAUUCUAAAACUAUAACAGACCAAAAGGCAAACUACAAAGCUUCAUUGUUAGACAGCCAGCAGAGGAAAUCUGCAACAGACAAACCUGAAACUGGUGCACAGAUGCAAGGGGAUAAAAGUCCCGGUCCUGAUGUCAAAAGUCCUAGCCAGGGAUGCAGCAGUUCUGCUGCAGAUAACCUCAAUGUUGUGGUGGCAAUGAACCAAGAAUUACAUCAGAAAUACGAAGUGCUUGAUAACAGAACACUAUCUGAUAGUCAGAGAGGAAACACAAUGGACAUUAAUGAUAACAACAUGGAUAUUGGCCACACCCCACCUACACAGGAUGCUAUAUCAUACUCUUUGACUCUACUUCCUUCAUCAGCAUGUCCUCUUUCCUCCUCCUCUCCUCUACCUGCCUCAACAGAGCCAGAGGAUGAUCUUCCUACACCUGUUCAGGAAUCUCAACCUGAGCCUCAGUCUUCACUGUCCACAUGCCACACUAUCACUACAUUUUGCUCUACACCCGCCACAACACACCAAGCCCCUGAUUCCCAGUUUCUUCAGAACAACAGUCUUCAAGAGGACACAGUUGUCAAUUCUACAUCAGCUUCAUCUGCCACAAGUGUCUCUUCAUCCCCAUUCUCCACUGCCUUGCCAUUAAGCCUGUCCCAGCCUACCCAAGAGUCAUUUUCACCUGAGUCUGAGACACUAGAUUCGUCAAGUCUUACAGACUCGAUUUACCAUCCCCAGUCUCAGUCUAAUCUCAACCUCCAACCCCACAAACAAAUCAAGCAAGUUUGCACACUGAGCACAGAGGACAGGUGCAGAGGUCUCAUUUUGGCUGAGGAGGAGACAGACAGUGAGGAUGAUGGUGGGCUACCUCUACGUGGUCACAGAUCCCAGCCCAGAGGAGCUGCAGGAAACAAAAAAGGAUCCAUGCAGAAAGAGUCUGGUCCAUCCAGUCAACGAGAAAUACAGCCUUUCUCUGCCCACCAAAUAGCCGACAGACAGUCGGGCUGUCCAAUCAACCACAGCCACAAGAUUUCUGAAGAGAUUGACCUAUCCUUCAAGAACAAUGCAUCCAUGUUGGUUUCCUGCAAUGAGUCUGAGAGUGAGGGGUCAGUGCCUGAGCUAGAGGAGUCUGAACCACUGAGACCAUCAGAGCCCCAAUCCAUCUCCUCUGCAGAUGAAGGACUAAACAGACCAAAACAGAGCCGCAGUGAGAAGAAGGCCCGCAAGGCCAUGUCUAAACUGGGUCUGAAGCCAGUCCAUGGUGUGACCAGAAUCACCAUUAGGAAGUCCAAGAGUAUCCUGUUUGUCAUCAGCAGGCCAGAUGUGUUCAAAAGUCCUGCGUCAGAUAUUUACAUUGUUUUUGGAGAGGCAAAGAUUGAAGACUUGUCUCAGCAGGCCCACAAAGCAGCCGCUGAGAAAUUCAAGGUUCCUGUGACCUCGUCUCCCUUGGCCCCACCUGUCCCACCCAGCCUCACCAUCAAGGAGGAGAGUGAAGAGGAGGAUGAAGAGGUGGAUGAAGGAGGUCUUGAGCAGAGGGACAUUGAGCUGGUGAUGGCUCAGGCCAAUGUGUCACGAGCCAAGGCCGUCCGUGCCCUGAAACACAACAAGAAUGACAUUGUGAAUGCUAUAAUGGAGCUGACCAUGUGAGUGAUGAGAAUAAUUUGACUCCUGACCCCCUCCUCCAGCCUAUAAAGCCAAAACACCACUGACCCUUCUGUAUUGCUGCUACUGUAUGUUGCAUCCCCAAUAUCUGCUAAAUAAAGUCUGUUCCAACAUGU